UCACCAUCCACCCCAAGAAAGACCAAAAACAAAGAGAAACAACGAAAAAGAAGACGGAAGGAGACCUGGCGAGUUCCAAAACACUCGAAGAAGCGACGGCCAGGUAUCAGGAAGCUAAGAGGUUCGCUUCCUCCUCCUCAAACGAAACAGACGUGAAAAAAAGGGACGGCCUUGAAACUCCGCUAACAGAACAGACUACACACGGCAGUGGGAGCACUAAAAAAGGAGUUCAGGAAUUCUAUAGUUGAAAGUGGUGGUAUCUGGCAAGCAACUGAGUUCGAAGGCCCGGAGUAGGGGUUUAUCUUGACAAGAUGUACACUAGCUAUUACAUAGAAAGCUUCCCUUUCAACGUGAGGAGGCUCGAAGCCCGUAAGGUCAUAGAGAACUUUCCCGGCUUGGUCCCCGUCGUCAUCGAGAAGGUGCCGACGCGCCUGGACAUGAAGAGCAUUAGGAUUCGAAACGUCUACCCAAAGGGGACUACAUUGCGAGAAAUCUGCGUCUACUUGCGCUGGCUUCUCAGAGUGAGAGAGGACGCCCACUUUGCUAUAUGCACCCAAGGAGUCAUGCCCAGUCUUGCGAGCGACAUGGGGGCCCUCUACGAAAACUUCUGCCACGCUGACGGUUACCUAUACUUGGCUUACAACGACGGAACGAUUGAUCUCCGCAAAUUGAAGGUGGUUGAGCCCCUCCAUUCGAGAUAUGAACUACUACCUGAGAGGCAAGCACCUGGAUUGAGGUCUCGUGAUUCCAUGCUUUUGCCAAGCAAAAUUGCGCCUAUUUCACCACUCCAGGAAUUAUGUGCACGUGGCAGGCUAUUGUCUCCUGAGGAUAGAGCUAGGAACAGACCUAGGUCUUCUGUAAUUCAGAGAACCGGUCAGUUUCCACAACAUACUCCUGAUCAGUCUCCUGAGCUGGCCAGGGAGGAGGGGGCUCUUGCCCUGCCAGAGGAGGGUGCUUUUGCCUUGCCGGAGCAGAGUGGUUUUGUUUUGCCUGAAGAAGGCACUAGUCCGCCAACCAGUGAGGACAGUAACACUGAUAUGAGUGAGGAAGGCACUGGCGAGAUGUCUGAACAUGAUGAUAGUGAUGAGGACACAGAUGAGGACACUGUAGAGGAUACAGAUUCACUGUGCUCCCAGAGGAGUUUUGAGGAAUCUUCAUUUGGAAACUAUUACUUAUCUGAUAGUAGCGAUUCAUCCUCUGGAAGCAGUGAUUCAUCAGGUGGCGACCAUUCAGAGUACAGCUACCAGUCAAAAACUGACUGCUCCUUAGCACCAGAGAGGCCUCAGCCAUUACAUGGAGGUCCUAGUUUAACAAAUGUGAGCACUGAUUCGUCGUCAGACAGCUACUGUACUGCGUCGGAAGCAUCUGACUCUUAUAUAAGUUUUCAUUCGUUAUCACCACACGCGAAUAUUGAGCAGUCUGGUUAUCUUGAAGAUGCUGCAUCCUAUAGUCCUUCUACUAGCCAGCCUAGACCUACAGCUUCAUUCUCCCAGUCAACAGCUGGCCCACCAGUUCACUGUUCAAGCUCUGAUAAUCUCUCAGGCCUCGGCUUGAGUUACACUACUCUUACUACUCCUCUAUCAUUAUCUGCCCCUUCACUUAGCCAGUCGAGGUCAGCAUCCUACCAGGAGCUCUCAAGCUUGACCCACUCCUUGCAGCGGUGCAGAUCGGCAGAGGCUUAUCUCGCAGUAUUUUCUUCAUCUCGCCUAGACGGAGCUACUUCAGAGUCCUGUGAAACGAGGCCAGGGCCUUCGAGUGAAUAAUGAUUAAUGCUUAUGUAACUCUUUUAAAGAUUAAUUUAGUUUUAUGCCAGAUGUACCAUUUUCUCUUUAAAUUAUUUCUAAGAGGAAUUUAAGUGAGUUUUAACAUGCUAGUGUUAAAACCUGGCAGCGUCUUAACUUUGCUCUUAGAGUACAACUUAGAUUUUAAGAAUUUUAAGUUUGAACAUAAUUUCCAGUUUUACAUUCUAACGUAAUUUCCAGUUUUACAUUCUUGUAAAUAUUUUAUAAUUUCUCACACUUUUGUACACUUUUUAACAUGCAAUAAUGAAAAGAGGUAAUAGUUCUUGGUGAUGUAGAUUCCACCAGAAAAUGCUUAAAUAAAAUGUGCAGUCUGGUGUUCUGCAGACUGCUUUAUUUUGUUUGUGAACCUAAUUCUAAUGGUUUUUCAACUAUUGUAAAUAUAUUUCUAAAUGUUUAGGCCGUAUAAGAAACCAAUGAUUGGUUUCCAAAGCGUCUUAAUGUUGAAAAAACUAUGACUAGUUUGUAAGGCUUAUUGAUUUGUAGAUUAUUUUUUAUCUUUAUUUGCUAAACGUAACAGCAAUGUAUUUGGUUAAUCUUUUCCUGAUCGGCACUAAGGAAGUUUUUAGCUUGGAGAAUGUUAAGAUAUUAAUCUACACUAAUUUAUGGUAACUGUUAAUUAACUAAGGUGUGAGCGUUUUUUUUAAAGUCUGGUACUUUUUAUAAAGGGUUUUCUGAUGUUGAAUUGUUUGGUAAGCAUAUAGGAUUUGUAUGUUAUCCGGGAAUAAUGUCCUUCAUAUUUAAAGCUCUGUAGAUUGAUUCUGUUCAAGUUUAAAAGCUAAGAAAUUUAAUUUUGUCCAAUGUGUAGUAAGUUAUGCAGUUGGUGAGAACAGGUAUUAUCGGUCUUUCUAACAGUGAUUAGAGCUAUAUCGAUCCUUGGAAUAAAUGGUUUUUAUCUUUA